AACUAUGAGGGGUGUGCCGACGAUAAAGAACGUCUGCCAUUCAUUGUGUCCAACAUUAAAUACGACGACGCACAUUUCAAGGCCCAUCUUACCGCGGAUCAAAAGGACUGGGAAGAGGUUGCGCAUUCCUACACUCUCAAUGUAGGCCACAUGCCUCUUACUCCUGUUCAUCGACUUCUCAUGGAACGAGAGCUCCUGCCGAGAGGUCCAGAUUUCACAAUGAGUCUUGCAAGCUCGUACGACAAAAAUCUCUUCUCUACGACAGUUGGAGGUUGGACGACUUCUGUCGAUGCUACCAUUCGCACUGCUGGAAGUUUGAACGUCGACUUCGACGUAGACGUAUCCUGGUUCUCGCUUUCUUCCGCUAGUAUGACCAUCAGCCCGCAAGAUGUCGCGGCUUCAAUCCAGCUGGCACUCUCUGAAAGUGGUACUCUUUCCAAAGCGUACAGUUGGCAAAAGACAGUGGUACGUAUUGAGAUUGCCAAGGUCGUUAAACUUGGUGCUUUCUUGGACGUGGAUGUCGGCUUUACAAUGGAUGAGUGGACAGGAGAAGCACAUGCGAAUUUCGGCGCCAGAGUCGCGCUCUCUAAUUCAGCGAUCGUGAAGGUUGAUCUGAUUAAGUCGUCAAACAACAAAUUUUCCGGCUGGAUGCCAACCUUCUCCGCCAUUCCUCUUACAUUAAGUGCAAAGAUUGCCGGAUCGGCAGAAGUGUUUGCUGAACCGAAUAUCAAGUUGGAGGCGUCGGCUCUUGGUAAGGGUUGGAACGUCGGCCUGAAUAUGAAGAUGCCUUACAUCAAGGCUGACUUUGCGGCAAUGUAUGAUACCACUGGCGUCUGCAGCACGAAGAAGACCCUCGGCGUAGACGUUGACGCGAAUGUU